AUCCGGUGAAUGGAUAAUCACGGCACGGCGCUGCACUUUUAAAUAAAGCUGGAGGCAACGGUCGUUAUGCACAACUCAUUGAGUGAAGGAGCAAAGGCUAGUAGCUAGCUAGCUCAAUGGAAGCUACUAACAGAUCCGUCACCGUUCGCCUAAAUAGAGAAGAGUGUAAGCGCACAAAACACGAUUCGGCUUUCUCCGAUUGGAAGAUUCUAAUUGGGCCUAAUGAUUGGACGAAUUAUUUAUUGAGGAAGGAAGGAGCAGAGAAAUAUAGGACUCAGAACCUGCCAAACUGCACUUCGUGCUCUGGAGUUUAUGAGCUGGGAAUAGCUGUGUCACGACGCCAAGCUGGGCGAGAGGCUAGCAGACUUGACCCUGAUUAUAUUGUUCCUGUAUAUGUUGGAAAAUCUGACAGUGUUAGGACUAGGCUACAGCGGUAUGGCCGUGAAGGCGCUCAUUUAGAGAAUGGCUGCUCCAAUAGUGCACUGCACGACCAAGUAAAUGUAUCUGCUUCAAAGAGAGCAGGAUUGUUUACAGAAGCAUUCUCAAGAGGCUUCUCUAUUGUUUAUAGGUGGGCACCUGUGAAUGACAACAAAGACGCUGAGAAAACUGAAGCCCAGCUGCUCGAUAGAUUUGACUAUGCUUGGAAUAAAGGCAGUAAUGGCGUACGUCGCCACAAUGAUGUCCUCCGCAAACUUGAUGGCAUUUCAAGAGCAACUCGUCUUCCUGCUUUUGUCAGGAAGCUUCAAUUGUCCCUUGAGAAACAAAAAGGUGUCAGAAUCCAAGCUUGCAAGCCCCUUUUGUUGGAGAACAGAGAUGAUUUUCAUGAUACCUUCAAAAGCACUUAUUUCCUUCCCGAAAUCGUCAAAUUUGGUCGAUCACAGCCAAGAAUAGUUUCACUAAGUUCCCGUGUAAAUAAUGAUCCAAAUAAUAUUUGUGGUGUGGCUUUGGGUCAUGGAUCUGUUUGUAUAAGGCCUCCAAUAACGGGAAAUAAAAGAUGUGCUGAGCACAAAGGAAUGAAGGUAAAUGGUGUAGAACAUAAGGGUAUGAGCGUUAAAAAGCCCAUUUCUAAGCAAUUAGGAGCAGAAAUACCAGGUGUAUUUGCAGGUCCAGCUACCAAAAUUAGCAGUGAGAAAAUGCAUUGGAAUAUAGACAUUCCAGCUUGUGGAGCAACAUUGCUUAAUGGUUCCUUUUGCAGAAGGAAACUUUCGGAAGGUAAUAAAAGAUGUUGGCAGCACAAAGGAGCAGAAAUACCAAGUGUAUUUGCAGGUCCAUCAGUCAACCAUUCUCCAGCUUGUGGAGCAACAUUGCUUAACGGUUCCUUUUGCAGAAGGAAACCUUCGGAAGGUAAUAAAAGAUGUUGGCAGCACAAAGGAGCAGACAUACCAAGUGUAUUUGCAGGUCCAUCAGUCAACCAUUCUCCAGCUUGUGGAGCAACAUUGCUUAACGGUUCCUUUUGCAGAAGGAAACCUUCGGAAGGUAAUAAAAGAUGUUGGCAGCACAAAGGCAGGAAGAGCUGAAGUAGGACCUCCACGACCUGCAUAAUGUAGUUUCAUCUGAGAGAAUUAUUAAUCAAGUUGUGGUGAACCCUUACGCAGUGGUUCCUAUAGUAAAAGGUCACCGCACUCAAAGGUGCAACCUAGUUGUUAAUGACGUUGGGUUGAGGAUUAUGAACAGGGGCAGCCUAAGUGUAAGGCAAAUGAAGUCAUUUCCUUAGGCCCCCAAAAUAUUAAGGGUCCCAAUUUUAAGUA